AUGAAACAAAGAGAGAGAUCCCAUGCAUAUCUAUAUAAAUAAAUUUGUAAACAUUUAGAUGUCCCUUUUUCAUCAAGCUUACUUAAUGGGAUUUAGGAGACAGAAAUUGUUAUAGUUUUAGAUCAAAUCAGUUAAUAGGGUAAAAACAUCAAAAUUCAAUAGAUAUUGAGCCUCUUUCUUUAUUGUUACCUUAAUGUAAAUUUAAGAGGAUAAUUAUAAAAAGUAUUUAAAAGAACCUCAAAUUGAACAAAU